AUGUCGGUGUUAAACGUGGAAUUCCUUCGUGUUUUUGGUGAAAGUAAAGCAAAGACUGCCCUCGUCCAGUCUGUUACGACCGGAACUCUAAAUAUAGCAGGUUUCAUCUGUGGCCUCUGUGUAGAUAAGUACGGAGUGAGGAAGAUGGGAAUGUGUGGAGGUUUGUUAGCAUUCCUAUCCGCGUCAUUCUUCGCAACAAGCAUCCCUUAUCUUAUCGUAACCAUCGGUGUGGUUACAGGGUUCGGCUUUUCGCUGGCCUUUGUGUCAGGUAUGAAAUCUGUUGGCGAAUACUUCAGUGGUAAAGCCAAACUUAUUGCUAUUGCAUUCACUGGUACCGGAUCUACAUGUGGUGCAAUCACUUUACCAUUCCUGCUGGACUUCUUGAUCAACGCGUACGGAUGGCGUGGAUGUCUACUUAUAAUGACUGGACUCGUGGGAAACAUCAUAUGUUUCUUCAGUGUCUGUGAAUCUUUGUCAAAUCAUCGGCAGAUCAAUGCCAAAACAAUUAGAAUUUAUAUGACAGGAAAUAGUGGCUCACGUAAUAAGCAAACUACAUAUCAGACAAAGUUAAAAUCACUGGUAAGAAACUGUGUAUUUAUCAUGUUCACCUUUGGAAUUUCCUUGACACUUUCCGCCUUCGGUUCAGCGUUGGUUUAUCUGGUGGAAUUUCUUCAGACUAAAGGAUAUGAAAGACAUGAAGCAUUACUACUGUACACUUACAUGAGUGUAUCCAACACUUUUGGUAGAUUACUACCCGGUAUGUGCACACUCAUACCUCAAAUGAAAGUACUCGCUAUAUCCGUGAUAUUCACAAGCAUGAGUACGUUUUCAACUGCCUGUCUUCCGUCUGCGACCAUGUACUACCAACAUGUGUUUCUAGUGUGUGUCUUCGGAAUGACGAUUGGGUGCAAUGACACGUGUAUGUCGAUGACAACGAUGGAGCUUGUAGGAUUAGAGAAUUAUGCCGUCGGACUUGGUAUCCUGAUGACAGUGGCAGGUUUGAGUUGUAUUUGCGCUGGAACUGUGUUUGGUUGGUUAGUAGAUGUUACGGGAUCGUAUGGUGCGUCCUAUUACAGCGUGGCAGCUGCCCAUGCCACGGCCCUCUGUCUCUUUAUUUUGGCUGCCGUUUUACAGAAAAGCCAACGGAGGAGAGUCUCUUCCAUUGACAAGUUACCGGCAUAG